UGUAAACAAACAAAAUGGCGGCGAUGGACGACAACUUCGCGGAGUUCGUUAACUAUCUGGAGCGUCAUGAGGAACUAAUGCGUGGGGCAGCCUUUUCAUACGCGUCACCGCCACGUCGAGUGCUCAGGGAUCGCUUGAAUCCCAUGGAAGUGUACGACGACUACGAGUUUUUGUGCCGUUAUCGAUUUACAAAAAGGACCGUGCAGCAGCUGCUCGAUAGGCUGCCUCUGCGGGAGAACACCGAUGGACGUGGGUUCCCUGUGCCGCCUCUCCUGCAGCUGCUCAUCACACUGCGCUUCUAUGGAGCCGGCACGUUCCAAAUUGUGACCGGCGACCUAGUGAAUGUUUCACAGCCGACGGUGUCACGGGUAAUCGAACGCGUAUCGACUAUGAUCGCCAGAAGCCUAUUCCCUGUGCUUGUGCAAUUUCCCGCCGCUUCAAAAAUGAGCGGUGUAAUGCAAGAUUUCUAUAGAAUAGGCAAGUUUCCCGGUGUGAGUGGGUGCAUUGAUUGCACCCAUGUGCCAAUUAAGAGCCCCGGUGGUGACCACGCCGAGGUGUACCGCAACCGGAAAGGAUACUUUUCGAUGAAUGUUCAGGUGAGUGCUCGUUACAAAUAUUGCAGUGGUGGUUUGAUACCGAAAUGCAAACAGAAGCGGUACAUAAUGCAGCUCGUAGUACGUUUUUGUAAAUGUAACAGACGUAACAACAAGUAAAUCACCCCGCUAAUUUACGACGCGGUUUCACACCGCCAGUAUACAUCUGUGCUACGACAAUUGUCGAAGCUUCGAAUUUGCUAUGAGGGUAACUUUAACCUCCACCUAUGUCGCGGUCCUCAUCGACAACUACCGCGGCCACCACUUGAACCGGCAAGUUCUUGCUCAGCAUCGGAAAACGUAGUUCCCAUGAAAUCGCAGCGCCUCGUAUUUUGAUCCAGUAUAAUCUCGAUUAUGUGUG